GGUCAGUGAUCACGUUGUGAUUGGGUGAAAUUCGGGUUUAGGCAUACUACCACGGGCUCUUGUUUUCCACAGUGCAGUGGGAUGCCAGAAAAUGGUAUCACGAUAAUACAGCCCUUUCUAAAAAAGGCCACAGAGCCAGACUGCUAACCAUAUUUAGCACUACUAAAUUGCGAUUGGCACCAGCAAGCCUUGGUUGUCACCCACUGACAUUUUGUUCAGCCCUAAAAAUGAAAACAGUUGCCUGCACUGUUUCAAACUAUGAGAGUCACUGGGGAAUCAGAGAUAGGGAAAGAGAAAGAUAAGGCAAAGUAACGAGUUCAUCGGGGCUUAGGAUCUCAGAGCCACCACAGCCAAAAGGGGUUGUCCUGUGUCUCUGAGGUGGUGAAAGGUGGCUACAUAUGGCAUCAGGGUCACAAGAGGUGUCUGCAACCAGAUGAGGUGAGCACCCACCAGGGAGAAGCAGUGCCUGUGCCAUCUGCACCCCUGAACCCCACGGACAGUCAGUACCUGUGUUCUACUCACCAUCAGUAUGAAAUACUCACCAUGAAACUCACCACGAAAUGCUUUCAUGGGUCCAUGCUGACAGUAAAACCUGACUGCUCUCCUUUGCUCCUUUACUUCCCCAGCUUUGGCUGAGGAAGGGUGACACUGGGAGCUGUACCCCAAGGCUUGCCCUGGGUGGCUGGUGGAACCUUUUCGCUAUGCAGUGGAGGGAUGAGCUGGAGAGUCUCCUGGGGGUCCUCAGGAGGUGGGCAGGCAGAUCUGCCUGGCUGCUCAGCUCUGGGCCACUCCUGCUCUCUUUUCUUUUAACCCUGUUUGGUGGACAGAUUGGAAACCCACCGUUGCUGUCUGCACCACCUGCUGAAUCUGGUGACAAUGGGAGCUGGGGUGACAAUUCCAAGAGCAAAAACCACAAGCUGGUGUGAGCACCAAGGGGAAUUAAGUUGUAAAGGGCAAACCACCAUCAGAGAGCAGCAAGGAGCUGAUACAGGGCUCUGGAAAGGGUUUUGAUCUUCUCUCAUACAGGGGGCACAGAGUAUUAUUGUUUCUGCCUCUCAUCUGUGAAAUAUCACUCCAGAAGUGACAGUGUUAACAAAUACAGUGAAAGAGACUGCUCUGUAAGCUGAGCUACAUGGUCACAUGCACAGGUUUUAUUUUUAACAUCCCCAAACUACUUGAUGUUUCUGCCUGGGCUUGCUCCGUGUCCUUCUGUUCUCUCCCCUUUCUUUGCUUGCAGUCCUCCCUCACCCACCUCACUUCAGCCCAGCUGAGCACAACCAGGAGAGCAAGUGUUUGGUACAUACACAGGGGCUCUAUGAUCAAGCACCGGGCCCAGAAAGCUCCCCCUGGGCAGCACAGGCACUGUGAGCGAUGUUUCAGCCGGCACUGCUGCGCACCAGUUGAGAUCUCUGUCUCCUGCGUGGUGAUCAGCUGCCGCCUUCACUGCGGGGCCACCUUCCACAUGUGCAAGGAGGAGGAGCACCAAUUGCUCUGUCCCUUAGAGCAGGUCUCCUGCCUCAACUCAGCCUAUGGCUGCCCUUUUUCCAUGGCCCGCUUUAAGCUGGGAAAGCACCUCCAGGUCUGUCCAGCCAGUGUUGUCUGCUGCUCAAUGGAGUGGAAUCGCUGGCCAAACGUGGAUUCAGACACCACCCUCCACAAGAACAUUAUGAAGGAGACCUUAAAUGAAGAGUGUCUGGACACAGCCUUGGCACUCAGAGACCAGAAGGUACUUUUCAGGACUUUGAAAAUAGCUGACUUGUUUCCAGAGUGGAGGAAAAAGGAUGAAGUGGAAGAGCUAUUGGACGAAGCCAUGGGUGGUGAAGGAGGUGCUGUGGGGGGAGUCGCCUGUGGUUCCCAGGAGGGCAAAGACCAGUUGCCCGAGCUCAGCCAACGUGAGCGUGAAGAACUGGCAAAGGACAAAGAGGGAAUGGACCUGGGAAGUUACAAAACCUGGGAGAACAUUUUCAGCAAAGAGCUCCUGGCUUGCCAGGUUGUGGGCUCAGCAGCCAGCACAGGAAAAAAGACAGAGGAGGCUUCCAAGAGGGCAGCACCAGCCUCUCAUGCUGCCAGCUCCACAGAGAAGGCAAAGGAAGGACCUGACGGUGCAGAAGAGGCAAAGAACCAAAAGCCUGAACAAGUAACACCAAGUAGAGAACUGAAAGGAAUGGCUCCCUGGCAAGAAGGGGUCCUGGAAAGGCUGAAGAAGGAAGUUGGCGUAGGUGAUUACAACAUGUAUCUGGUACAUCAUGGUGGAAUGCUCAUCCGCUUUGGCCAGAUAGCUGCUUGCACUCCCAAAGAAAAAGACUUUGUCUAUGGGAACUUGGAAGCCCAGGAGGUGAAGACUGUCUACACCUUUAAAGUGCCAGUUAGUUACUGUGGCAAAAGAGCACGACUAGGAGAUGCACUGGGCCAUAAGAUGCCAACUUCAGACAAGUCAGUGGAUACCUCAGAACUGGGAAUAAAUGUAGAAGAACUACCUAAGGCAAAUAUAGUUGAAGCCACACUGCUGUGUGCCCUGGAAAAAGAGCUGAAAGGCCAUGAGAUCUCUGAAGCAAGGGGUAUUGAUGGACUCUUUGUGGAUUUUGCAACACAAACAUACAGCUUUCCUUUGGAGCCCUUCUCCUCUAAUGCUGUUCUAGCAGAUGUUCUGGAUGAAAAAAGCCCAGAAGAGCUCCACAUGGAGCUCUACACUGAUUGUGUAACAAGAAGACACAACAAAAGCAGUUCAGCUUUCACGUUCACUUGCAGUCAUUUCUUCAGGAGGGAUGAGUUCCCAUCCCACUUCAAGAAUGUGCACGCUGAUAUCCAGUCAUGUCUGGAUGGAUGGUUCCAGCAUCGCUGCCCACUGGCCUACCUGGGGUGUCCUUUUGUUCAAAAUCACUUCCGCCCUGAAGGACUUAAGGCCAAGGUUAUAUACAGCAAGCCUCUCAAGACAUUUGCCAUUAAGCCAGAGGUGGACACCCUUCUUGCAGAACCAGGGAAGUGCAAUUUCACAGUGGAUCGUCGAGGAAGAAAUAAGGACUUGCUGAGCAGCCUCCCAGUGGAAGUGCUCAAGUACAUCGCGGGAUUUCUGGACAGCUUCAGUUUAUCUCAACUAUCACAAGUGUCAGUGCUCAUGAGGGACAUCUGUGCCACUCUUCUUCAAGAGAGGGGAAUGGUCCUGCUGGUCUGGGAGAAAAAGAGAUAUUCCCAUGGUGGUACUUCAUGGAGAGCCCGCAAAAAGAUCUGGCAGUUCAGCAGCCUCUUCUCCAGAGUUCACAAAUGGCAGCGCAGUGACGUCAUGUGCAUGUCAGAACACCUGAAGAAUUGUCCCUUCUACCAAGUGGAGCACAGGAUGGACCCCGUGCUGCUGACAGGAAUGUCUGAAUCUCGAGAGCAGACUCGAAAGACUUUGGUUUCUACUUUCAAGCACAGAGUCUGAACAACCUGUUUGUCCUUUGCUGUGCUCCCUUCAGGUGUUUUCAGAUAAAGAUUUGGGAAUUCAGGUGUAAAGAUUGUUGCUUCCAACCUUCCUUUGGAUGUACAAAACUUUCGUCUCCUUGGCUGUGUUUGAAACAUCCUGAUUUUUUUUUUCUCUGCAUUAAUUUAAUUGUUGAAACGUCAUCCACUGCUCACUAACAUCAUCUGCUUUCUGUUUAUGUUUCUGUUCCUUGCUUAAUGCAGCAUCUUGAAGAAAGCAAUAAGGAUCUUGUUUGAAAACAGCACCUUUGCAAUCUUGAAGGUAGGCUGCUGCCCCUGUACCGUGUGCCUGAGAGAAACAAGAUUAGUUAAUGUGUUUGGCUUGACUAGGUCUGGAACACCUUGGUUUCAUCUGUAAAGCCAAACUCCAUGAGCACAGAUAGAUGCCCUUCUGCCUGGCAGACCCAGGGACUGGUAACCUGUUCUGAGACAUGGGAAAAAGAAAAGGACACCCCAAAAUUAAGGGAAUCUGUUAGAACUCCAGUGAGAACUGAGGAAUUUGCAGUUUUGCAGUUGGAAGUUGCAAAUUCUACUUGUAAGCAACUGUAAAUAAUAUGUCAAAGAAAUACUAUUCUUCUCUGUAAAAGAAAAGACAUUCAGCAACCCAUUCAGUAACAGUACAGAUAAU